AUGGAUGAUAUUUUAGCAGCGACAUUACAGAAAAUGAACAGAUAUGAAGAAGCUUUGGAUAAUUAUAAUUUAGCAAUAGAAAAAAAUCCAGAAGAUUCAAAAUAUUUUAAUAAUAAAGCUGUGACAUUACAGAAAAUGAAUAGACAUGAAGAAGCUUUUGAUAAUUAUAAUUUAGCAAUAGAAAAAAAUCCAGAAGAUUCAGGGUAUUAUUGUCAGAAAGGUUCAAUUAAAAAUUGUUGA